GGAGCUUCAGAAAUACCAAGAUGGGGUUCAUUCGUUGUCUCUAGGAGAUAUUGCUUGCUGUGGCGUACAAAGUAGUGCAGGUGGAGGAGCUGGUGGGACCAGUAAGAAAACACACCCAUCGUCAUUGCUGCUCGGCCCCCCCGCAUUCUGCCUCCUUUUCCCCUUGUCCACUUCCCUCCCCAUCUCCAACUCCAUGUCCAUUGCCAUCCCCACUCCCCCCUUCCAAUAGUCUCUAUUUCUCUCUCAUUGUCUGCCCAAUCCCCAACAAACGUCCAAAAUCAGAUCAUCGACCGUCCCUGACUUGCAACGCUCGCCUGCUCCCGAUCUGGAACGAUCAACAUCGUAAUCGUGAAGCAGGUUCACAACCCCCAAUUAAACAACCAGAGACAGUUGUAACAAAUCAUUCUCAAGAUGGCCGACGAGAAUACAGCCCCCGUUGUCGACGAGUCUUCCAUUAGCCAGGCUAAUGCUGGCGCUCGCCGCAACUCCCUCGAGAAGCACCUCGCUCAGCGCCCUGAACGUGCAGAGCUUAUCGAGAAGAAUAUUCUCCCAGCCUCUACUGCUGCCCCUGGACUUCAGGCUCAGCAGAAGGAGCUCGAGAAACACAUGCGGGCCGACUCCCUGAACGACAAGCUUGCCAACCGCCCAUCGCCGGACGACCUCAUCAAGAAGGGUGUCCUCGCCGCUGACGAAGACCCAAGAUCGCCCGAUGAGAAGUACCGGGGGGCCAUCGAGGAGGAGUACGCCAAGCGUGAGGGUGGUGCUUAACCGCCCCCCACCCCCCCCCCCCCCGACCCCCCAAAAAAACCACUAGAAAAACACAAUAAUCUGGGUAUGAGAAGGGCGGUACUGCAACCGCGCAUGGGGUAUCGUCUCAGUGCAUUCUGUGGUACGCAAGAAGAGGCUUAAAGCGAGAAUGGCAGGAAGGCAUUUCUAUGACUUCUGUCCAUUCGCAUGGCUCUUCAAAGCAUAAUCUAUGUAUGUAGAACCCAAUUAUCAGUCAUAUCCUUUACCAUUUUUGGAAUCAUGAGACGGAAA